AACGAAUUUCGCUUUGACUCUCUCCGUCUUCCUUCCUUCCUUCCUCCUCUUCCGCGGUGCUCCAGCAGCUGGAUCGACGGAACCUUGCGUCGAACGACAUCGAAGCGCGAUUCGAAGCAGCUUUGAUGACAGAUUUGCAACAAAUAUUGUCUCUCUGAAUAGUGGAAGAGAUGCAGACGCUGGGCAAUUUCAAAUUGCCUCCAUUCUUCAAUUACCCUCCUUAUUUCACCUUGCAGCCAGUAAGGGACACUCGAGAGAAGCAAGUGCAACUCUGGAAGGAACUGAUCCUUGAUUUCUGUAAAAUGCAAAAGAUAUUUGUGAUUGGAUUGUAAGAAGAGUUUCCACUUUUUUCAAAUCCUGUGAUUGAGAGAUCUCUUACUCAUGAAGCAAGGGAAGCAUUCCUUGCUGCCAUAGUUUCUGAAGGACGUGCAGAAUGGUUGGACAAAGGUCAUAGGAAGUGUCUCAUUCUCUGGCACCGCAUUCAAGACUGGGCUGAUAUUAUAUUAAACUUUGUGAAAGAUAAUGGGCUGGAGGACUCUGUGACGACAGUUGAGGAAAUACGUACUGGGCCUGAAUCUCGGGGGACAGAUCUUCAAGGCGUGGAUCGCGUCAUCCUCAUGCGAGCUUUGAAACUACUAGAACACAAGGGGAAGCUCGUGAUUUUCAAGGGCACUUCUGCGGACGAUGAAGGCAUUAAAUUCUCGAGUUAAUGACGAUGAAUGUGUGCUCUUAUUUGAACUUCUACCAUCUGAAACGGCACAUGUACUGUUCCUGGACGCCUUUAUUCAAUCUUUCUCCAGGUUUUUGAGUAAGAAAGACAUUGUAGAAUCUUUCUCCUGCUUGUGCACUGACUUAAGAAUGUGUAAGGCAAUAUGGAGGAGUGCUAGGAAACUAUGGAAGUGGUACCUCGAUCCCCAUCUCUUCCAUGGAUCCGAAAAAUGGCAAUUUGAAUUGCAUGCCAAGGUUUCUU